AUGGACGAGGCGGCGGAGGGAGUAGGAGUGGGAGGGGGUGCCGAAAACGAGGGAGGAGGCGAGGGGGCGUCACACGUCAUGGUUGAGUACAGCUAUGAGGAAGAGGAGGAGACCAAGGAGGAUAUAUCAAGGCAAGCUCAGCACGGGAGUGAUGAGUCGAUCGAGGACGACGGCGAGGGCGCAAAAGAACAUCCAGGUGGGACGGAGCAUACGGAGGAGCAUGGAGUGGCGCUCUGGGAGUGGGUGGACGAGCAGCAGGCGACGGGGGACGAUGGGGCUGUCGAGGAGCAGGAGGGCGGAGCGGCUGCGCAGGAGGGUGGGGCAGGAGUGCAUCAGCAGGAGGGCGGGGCGGCUGUGCAGGAUUUUGGGACAGGAGUGCAGCAGCAGAAGGGCGAGGCGACUGUGCAGGAGGGUGGGGUCGGAGGGCAGCAGCAAGAGGGCAUGGUGGCUGCGCAGGAGGGUGGGGCGGGAGGGCAAGAGCAAGAGGGCGGGGAGGGUGCGCAGGAGCGACAGGUCGCAGUAAGAAGGAGACACCGCACGGCCAGUGGCAGCGGACAGGCAGGCCCUUCGACGGCAGGCCAUUUGACGUCAGCCAUUGCCUCCGGAGGCCAGGUCGUCGAGCUACUGCAGAGGGUCCCGGAGGUCAAGGCGUCGCAGAAGAAGCUCGUCGCCGACGUAUUUGCGAAGCACAGUGAGCAAGCCGGUGUUUUCAACAAGCUUGCUUUGGAUUUUCAGACGGCCUGGAAUAUGAUUUCGGAGUCGUCGAAGAGCACGCUGAAGCAGUGCGGCGAUGCCGUAAACGGUGUCACGGAGGAGAGGAAGCUAUUGGAAGGGGCACGUACGAAGCUCGACGAGAUGAGCGGGAAAAUCAUCGAGGGGGUGGUAGCCGCUAUCACAAAAGCGAGCGAGGACGCCGUCGAGAAGCAGCUCAAGCUUGUCGAGGAGCGGCUGGUUGCUUCGGUCGUGAAGGGUAUUGAGAAAGCCGUAAAGGAGGACUUGUUCUACUCCACCCUCCCGCCCGAGAGCAUGAAGGAGCUGAAGGAUGUUACCGUCGGCAAGUCCGUUGAGGACAAGGAGGUCAUCGUACUCGACCAGUCACCCCUUCAGCAGACCUCCGAAGCGGCACCGAAGCCUCCGCCUGAUGCUUUUGGUAUGCUGCGCGACAUGCUGCAGGGCCUCGGGAAAAAGGGUGGGAAAGGAGUGGUUGCAGGGGAGAAAAUUGGUGCCCCAAUCGGCCAGGUCGCCUCAGCCGGGAAAGGACCCGUGGAAAAGCGAGGUGCCCCUACCCCGUCCGGCGGCGCUGCGGAGAAAGGAGCGGGGGAGAAACGGGGUGCUCCCAGCCAGGUCGUCGUCGCUGCUGGGUUGCUGUCGAAGACAAAGGCCGACUCAACUGCGCAGCUUGGCAUUGUUGGCCGUCCUAUCGAGCUUGCUGUGACGAAUUCGACGAAGCGCGCUGCAGAGGCAACAGAGAGCAGUGACGUGGUGGAGCUGGGCAGCCUCCUUGGCCAAGCUCAUGUCGAGAAGGCGUCUACCGUCAUUGCUGCUCGACACGAAAAGUCGAAGAAGCCCAAGGUGAUUGGCUACGCCCCACCUCCUCCACCGGACGACCAAGGCAAGACGAGAGGCUGCAAAGCUCCCUUCAAAGGACCGGGCAUGAUGUCGCGGAAGGGGAAGCCGGUUUCCGAGCAGACCAUAGGCUCGAGGAAGCGGUUCCUGGGCACUUUUGAAACGGAGGCGGACCAAAAGUUUUGUACGGCCAUCUGCUGGCGCGUGUACUUCCCCGACAUAGACCUUAAGGAGUACGAGGGGUUCACGGCGCUGGAUGAGAAGGACUGGAAGGUCUAUCUCGAUGCAGCCGUGCGUAUGCCCACCGGCGUUUGGAGCGUGGCGCAAGAACAAGGGGAAUGUCGUUUUGACGAGUGA